CCGACUCGUUCGCCCCGUUUAGGGUUCCAUCACGAUGGCAUCGUUCGCGCUGCAGAUUCCCGCGGCCAUCAAGUCGAGCUCCUCCGCUUUCUCCGGACGGCUCCCAUCCACCAACAACAUCGGGUCGUCUACGGUAUCUCUGUCGGUUAGGAAAAAUGGGGUUUGCAAGUGCGUGGAUGCUCCUCCUGCGGAGCAGUAGACCGGUAAUUCUAUAUACUCCCUUCAUUCCGAAGUAUUAUGCUGGUAAGUUUUGGUUUGUCGUCGCGGGCAUACAUUUUUAACUCGGCAUAUCAAGAUUGCUGCCCUGAUAGCCAGUAUCUCGGCUAUUCUGUUUUUGUUUCAAGUUAAUCGAUAGAGUUCUUGCUGCAGCAAGUGCCCGUUUACUUUUCUGUACUUCUGUAAUGUUUUAGGAGCUAAUUUUCUGCUCCAUUCUUCAGAUUCGUAAGUUUAGUUUUUCAAUAAAAUUAUCGUUUCUUAGCGUUUUCGGGUAGGAUGGGUGGAACCAUUUUGAAGAAUUUAGGGAGAACAUUCCGUAGCUCAAGCAAGUUCAGAACUGGGAGAUCAUAAAUACAUAGAACAAAGUUCGGAACUUUGGCCUAGGUCAGGGGCAUGUUAGGCCUUCUAAAUAUAAUCUCGUGGCAGGAUGGAAGGCUAUAUAUUUCAGUUUGACAAAGCUGAACUUAGAUAACUUGGAUAUCCAGCAUAUCCCAAUGUUGUUAAAAGGGGUACUUAUGUAUCUGAAGUAGUCCUCGGUAUUGUUGGCUACAUGUUGAUCUUGGGUUUGGAACAAGAGAUUGAACAAAUGAAAGGCCCAAUCACUAUGAGCACAGAACUAAAUGUGCAAUUUCAUGCCCUUUCUUUUCUGCCACAUAUGUGUAGCUACUUGUUCUGUUAGGUCACUUUAUCUGCAUUUGUUGCUUCUUAUAUUUUACAUAACAUAACCAAAUCCUUGGUUUUGGAAUGCUUUGUUUCAAAAAGGACUAUAUAUUUGAUGAGGUGAACUUGCAGAAAAUGUUCUUUUGUGUUUUGCUUGAUUCUGAUUUAAUGCAGGUGGUUUUGUUGGUGGAUAACUUUUUCUUUGCAUACAGGCUAAUCAGUUUAUUUCAUUACUUGUUGUUACUGUUCUUUGCACUUGUGUUUAUCAGAGAAAUGUAUUUUUUCAUGUUUUUAAUUAUCUCAUUAUGCGUAGUUGGAUCAGCCUAUCCGCUCAUCAUUUAUCUGUGUUCAUAUCGAUGACUUCAGGAGAGGUCAACAAGUCUAAAAAUGCCCUUAUUCUAAUAAUGUGAUAAAAUCAGUUGCCUAGAUAACAUGCAUCAUGAUGAUUAUUCUACAUUGUUCAGCACACUGAAACAUAUGGUUAAACUUCAAGCAGGUUAUCUGUUCCCAGAGGUUAGUAGUCUUCUUUAUUAUGGUUUAUUUUAAUGAUGAUGUUGACUAUGAUAUGUUAAAAUGCUCUUGUAGGAAAAUGCUUGGGGUCCUUGUGCAGUGGUCAUGCUGCUGUAAUUCAUUUCACAAACUGGCAUGGUAAAAGGUUUAAUCUAUGGUUUAUGACCUCUGAUGAAUCAUGUUGGGGGAUAAGGAACCUUCCUAUCCACCUAGCCACCCUGCUUAACUUAUUUCCAUUUUUCCACCUAUGACACCACAUCCUCAUUUCUUAUGUAUCGCUGCCCAUCCAGUGUUUCUUGCACCCAUUUUUUGAAGUGGUAAUCAGAGUGCUUGAUCCCUAAAUUUUAUUUUUGUAUUAUAUGGAACUGGAUAUUCUUUAAAGGCUUAAUACCAAGGAGUGUACCAGUAUAUAUGGCAAUAAAUUUAUGCCUGUUACAACGGUGAAUACCUCAUGUCUGUUGCUUGACUAUGCCACCCAACGAUUAGUUGAAAUCUGGUUAGUUACUAGUUCUGAAUUGUGCUUGGACAUGUUAGCAUGCUGGCAAAUCAUGCUUUUCGAUAGCAUUUGAGCAUACUAUGCUAUAAUCCUAGAGCAGAUACUUGUAUAUACUGUGCACUUUUAAAAUGUUAGCCUUGUAUUCACUUUUUCUCUUCAUAGUUAUGACUUAUGAUGCAAGAGAUUUAAAAUUGCUACCUAACAUAUUUUUUAACAUAUUGUGUCGAGUUUCCAGGUUUUAUUUGUUUGACUGAAUAUUAUUUUCUGUUGCAUUACGUUGGAACACUUAUGUUUUUCUCAAAUUGCUUGAAGCUAGAUCGCCAGAAGAAGAGCAGCACACAUUUCAAAGUACCCUGAUGCACAAGUCAUAAGCCUUGGCAUUGGUGACACCACAGAACCCAUUCCAGAAGUUAUAACUUCUGCCAUGGCUAUGGGCAUCAACACUGUCGAUGCGAAGUUGCGAGGAGGUGGACGCCAAGGGCAGUGCUGCAGUCACUGCGUUGGAGGAAGAGUGCUGCCCUGUUUCUAUCGCUGCGUGGGGUGAGAGCACCGGGGUUGGAAGGCGACUGCGUUGAUGUGGCUGCAGCUGGGGGCAGCGUCGCCAAGAGCCUGUCGCUGCGAUGGUUGCGACGGUGCGGAUGGAAGGCAGCGUUGCUCUGUCUCUACCGUACUAUGGAAGGAGGCGUUGGUGACGUCGAGGGAUCACGUUCGGUUGAGGACACAACGGUGCCAUUGAAGCGGCCGAGGUUGAGAAGAUUGUAUGAUUUUCUUAAAGAGCACAUUCUCUCUCAACUGUUGAGGGAUAUAGUGGUUAUGGAGCUGAACAAGGGGACAAGGUAACUAAUUAUAGUGGUUAUGGAGCUGAACAAGGGGACAAGAAACUAAGGGGUGCUAUAGCCUCAACAUAUUACAAAGACCUUGCUAUUGAUGAAACUGAUAUAUUUGUCUCAGAUGGUGCAAAAUGUGAUAUAUCUCGGCUUCAGAGGGAAGGGGGUGGUUUGUAUGGAUAAACUGGUUUUAUACGCCUUAUCUUUCUUAUACAUUCUACGGGUCCUUUUUGGAUCUGAAGUGAAGAUGGCAGUUCAAGAUCCAUCGUACCCUGCAUAUGUAGAUUCAAGUGUUAUUGUGGGACAAACUAGCUUAUUUCAGAAGGAUAUUGAGAAAUAUGGAAACAUUGAAUACAUGAGAUGUGUACCUGAGAAUGGAUUUUUCCCAGAUUUGUCAACCAUUUCACAUGUUGAUAUUAUAUUUUUUUGUUCACCAAACAAUCCCACGGGUUCAGCAACAACAAGAGACCAGCUGAUCCAUCUGGUUCAGUUUGCACAGGACAAUGGCUCAAUUGUUGUUUUUGAUUCUGCUUAUUCCCUGUAUAUUUCAGACGACAGUCCACGUUCUAUUUAUGAGAUUCCUGGAGCAAAAGAGGUAGCAAUUGAAACAUCAUCCUUUUCUAAAUAUGCUGGAUUCACUGGUGUUCGCCUUGGCUGGACUGUUGUCCUGAAGGAACUACUUUUCUCUGAUGGUUUUCCUGUUGCCAAGGAUUUUAAUCGUAUAGUUUGUACCUGUUUUAAUGGUGCAUCGAACAUAGCACAAGCUGGAGGCCUGGCUUGCCUUUCUCCCGAGGGUCUGAAGGCCAUGGUUGAAACAAUCAAAUUCUACAAAGAGAACACCGAGAUAAUUGUUGACACAUUUAAAUCGCUUGGCUUUGGGUACACUUUCCAGGCUGAAGCGGGUUUGGAUGUGGUCACCACCCCAGGAAGCGGGUUUGGACCUGCAGGUGAGGGCUUUGUUAGGGUCAGCGCCUUUGGUCACAGAGCAAACAUAAUGGAAGCUGCCAAAAGAAUCAAACAGCUUUACAAGUGAUCUAGAUUGCUGUUGAAGACUGUUUUGGAAUGGUACAAUUGUGAUGCAGCAACACGUUGGUUUGGUUUGUUCAUCAUCACAUGUCUUGAUUUUAAAAAGAUACAUUUGUUCGCAGGGAGGAGGAAUAAGCAGCCUCUAGGGCAAAAUAUGAGACACCGUGAAUUUUCUGUGGCUUUUGGAAUGUUCUGUAAGGUUUAAUCACAAGGCUAUCAUGUUUUUGUUGAUUUUAUUUGAGAAAUGCCUGUUGAGUAGCUGAAUUUA